AUGGCUGAAAAUCUCUUGGCCACUUGUGCUGCUUGCUGUUGCGCAAUGGGUUAGUUUAAAAAAUGUUGUAUUCGUUUUUUUAGGGACUGACUAUUUAUUUUCAAAAUACAGAACAGCAAAUGUUUAGGCGAUCACGGUCUCUAGAGCUGACAAUGGGCGCAAGUGCGCCUCGCUCAAUAGUGCGAUACAUUGGCGCGAAAUUCAAAUUUUAACAGCAAAAUUUGUGUUUUUUGCAAGAUUAGCCACAAAAAACCGAUAAUUUCUCAUUUGUAUCUCGAUACACCGAUUUUAUAGACUAUUACGAAUUUUUUAAGCAAAAGAGCGUUAAAUUUGGUCAAGUCGCAAAUCACAUUUAUCCGUUUGAAGGUUUUUGGCUAAAAAUGCGUGAAUUUCAGUUGCUUUUCGGUAGUUUUCGCGGUUCGAGCGCUCAAAAUGCUUGUAUUUACGUGAUUUAUCAUUCUCAAAACCAAUUCUGUCUGAAAACGGUCAAGAAAACGCAAAAGAAGUGCGGUUUUUAGGCGGCGAUCGGCGGCGAUCGGCGGCGAAAAAUGCGCCAAAACGUCAUUAAUUCUGUGAGAAUUAGUGUGUUUUCAUGUCGAACAAUCAUUUUUCAUCGCUUUUGACCACAAAAAUCAGAGAAAACCUGCUCAAUUCAUGAAAACGCCAUUUGGCCGAGGCCGCGCCCAUAUUGUCAGCUCUGGAGACCGUGUAGGCUGAAACAGGAAAAUGCUUGAAAUUCUCUUGCAGCGUGUCUGAUGGUAGUGACCAUAAUCGACCUGUCCCUGGCGAUCUACUUCCUGACGCUCGGGAUCGUGAAGCUGGACGAGUGUCCGGUGUCGCCGAACAUCCCGGUCUGGAUGAUCGUGAUGGCCGCACUCAUGUUCCUCGAACGCAUUCUCAGUUGUGCGACCAGGACGUCGCGUGCGGACUUUGAAGACGAAGAAGUCGUCAGAAACAGGGCAAAGGUCGACUUUGGAUCCGUUCUCAGUUCCAUCGUUGGAAUCGUCGUUCUUAUUGGGUACGGUUUUUCUCGCUCAGAAAACUUUUGUAUCGCUCAGGACAUUUCCAGAGUGGAGGGGGGGAUUUUUAAUAGUUAGAGAACUAGAUAAUGACUAUUAGCUAGGCUAGACAUUGUGUUUCUUAUAAAGACUCGAAUUUCACUAAUUCCCAGUUUCAACAUUUUCGUAAUUUUGUACAUACCACUUCAAGGGGUUAAGGCUCUAAUCGCUUCAAUUCGGAAACAACAAAAAAACCAGAAACAGUUUUACUAGUAAAACCCUCACAGAACCGUAGUUUUUUCCUAAAUCACUUCUGUGAACCCUUACACGGCGACCAAAAGUGUAGAAAGGGGGGCGUGGCCUAAUCUGAGACGCGUUUUCUGAAAAUUGCCGCAAUUCCAGCACUUUUCCGAUAUUUUUGUGUUUGAUAUCGACGAAAGAAGACAUUAAAGAGAGAAAACAUUGAAAUUUUCGUGAAAACGCCGCGUCUGAGACGUUUUUGGAAAGUUCGCAAUACGCCCUCCGCGGCCAAUCGCCGCCGCAAUUUCGGAAUUUUCAUACCGGCCGAUGUGGAUAGUUUUGAGACGAAGUGAGUGUCGGAAGUGAUUAAGCACGUUAAUACAAGUAUUUUAAGCGUUCAAACGGCAAAAAGCAUCGGCGAAUGACUGAAAUUCGCGCAUUUUCAGCACAAAACUUGAAAAUCGAUUCAAUUCAUUCAUUUCUGAAUGAAACCUGCUCGUUUUAAGCUCAAAAAAUGCGCGAUGAUUAGUUUGACAGAGUUAUGCGAUUACAUCGUCGAAAUCGUACAAAAUUUUGGUAAUUUUUUACGAAAAACAUGGAAAAUGGGGUUAAAUUUCGAAUUUCGCGCCAAAAUGGUGAUAAAUCGUGCACGCCCCUUUCUACGUUUUUGGUCACCGUGGGCCCUUGAUUUUCAGAUUCCUCGCCGGCUGCUACCUCGUCUUCUCGAUCCACUCGCCCCAGCCGGAUCAGUGCGACGCCCUCCUCUACUGGUCCUCCUUCGUCUACUGCAUCAUCGGAGUCGGCGUAACCGUCUUCAUAGUCGUCAGCACUUGCUGUGCCGCCUGUGGCGCUUUUUUUUUUCUGAAAUAUCAGACAAACAGUUGA